GAAAACCUCCCCCGAUAAUUUUGACGAUCGCUCUUGGAGCUUGGACAUGACGGUAGAUGAUCAACGUGGCGCUCGCGGCGCGGUGUACGGCUGAGUAUUUUGCGCCAUGCCAGGCGUCGUCGACACUCCCAUCGGUCCUGUUUCACCAGGCCUGGGAUAUACGGUCGCACACCAGAAGGUCGAGUUAGAGAUCGAUUUUGCGAGCAAGAGUCUCAAGGGGAAAACAGAAAUCACAAUCCAUCCGCAUCACAGAGACCUCCGGACUAUUCGCCUAAAUUUUCGCCAGGGCGAGCUCAAGCGACUGAAUAUCAGCAAAAAGGUGCCCACGAGCAAAUAUGUGGACCCCUACGAGACCCUUCAUCUAUACGGACCUCAAUACCAUCCUCGUUUAUUCUCGAAGAUUGAUGGCUUGCUCAAGACACCCCCGGAGCCAGAGCUCCUUCUGACAAUCCCGAAGAGUGUUCGAAUCGAGGAGCUUGAUCCUCUGUCCGUCGAAGCUCAAGACCAGCUGGUAUUGCGGGGGACUGCUGCUGCGGAUGAUGAGGGGCUUAUGAGUUCGAAGGCAACAGAAAGCGCUCUUCCGCGGUUUACGGCCUUGACAGUAUAUGUGGAAUUUGCCAUCGACAACAUACGCGAUGGCUUGCAGUUUGUUGGAGUCGAACAUGGCGACAGGCGAUACCCGCAUGCUUAUACCACGAAUUCGCUCGGAUAUGGAGUCGGGUGCCCUCUGUUCCCUUGUGUCGAUGACCCUUCCUCGCGCUGCACCUGGGAGUUUUCAAUCAAAUGCCCGUGCUCCCUGGGGGAUAUGUUCAGUCGGAAAUCUCGGGAGACCGCGGGAGCGCAUGGAUCGGGUCGAUCAAAGUCUUCUGUUGGUCGAUAUAUCUCUCCGGACGAUGAAACGUUGGAUCUAUCGGUGGUUUGCUCGGGAGAUAUGACAGAUGAGAUCGUCGAUGCGCUCGAUCCCAGCAAAAAGACAGUCUCCUUUGCAUGCUACUCUCCGCUGUCCGCCCAGCAAGUAGGCUUCGCUGUGGGCCCUUUCGAGUAUAUUAACCUGACGGAUUUCCGGGAGAGUGAUCAAGAUGAGCAACUAGGACAGAAUGCGAUCCCUGUUCAUGCUUUUUGUCUCCCCGGAAGGGGGGAUGAUGUGCGGAACACAUGCUUUCCUAUGGCCAAGGCGAUCGAUUUUUUCUCUUUGACAUAUGGCUCUUAUCCGUUCACAAGCUACAAGAUGUGUUUUGUGGAGGAUACCCCCGAAGACACCGCGCCAACGGCUUGCCUGUCGAUAUGCAGCAACCAUCUCCUGUUCCCUGAAGGGAUCAUUGAUCCGAUAGAUGACUCAACGCGCGCGCUAGUUCAUGCUUUAGCAUGUCAGUGGAUCGGCGUCAACAUCGUUCCCAAGGAGCCCGUGGACACCUGGGUCACCGUUGGCAUUGCUUGGUACAUUACGGAUACACUGAUGAGAAAACUUUGUGGCAACAACGAGUAUCGAUUCCGACUGAAGCAGAUGUCGGAUAAAGUGUGUGACCUGGACUAUGAGCGUCCGUCGAUCUAUGACAUGGGGACUAUACUGAAGAUCGAUCCGUCAGAGAUCGAAUUUAUCGCCCUCAAGGCUCCACUUGUUCUGUUCAUCCUUGACAGACGCUUGACGAAAGCAAGCGGGAAGUCCACGAUGCCUCGUAUCAUUUCUCGCAUCUUUUUGAAUUCGCGGACGGGCGAUAUACCCAAUGGCGCGUUGACAACCUCCAUGUUUCAAAAGACCUGCGAACGACUCGGUCACGCGAAACUAGACUCGUACUUCCAGCAGUGGGUUUAUGGCGCCGGGUGUCCUCGGUUCCAAGCCACGCAGCGAUUCAACAAGAAGAAGCUGGUCGUCGAAAUGAUGAUCCGGCAAGUGCAGUCGGAACAACCGACCACGCGGGAUUUGGACAAGAACACGUUCAUGCGCGACGUCAAAGAGGAAGUCCGCAGUGUCUAUGCCGGCCAUGUUCAGCCCGUCUUUACCGGCUCCAUGACCCUCAGGAUUCACGAAGCUGAUGGCACGCCUUACGAGCACAUUGUUGAAAUCAAAGAAGGCGUCACGAAAUUUGAAAUACCGUACAACACCAAGUAUAAAAGGCUGAAGCGGAACAAGCGACAAAAAGAGCGCGCAGCUGCCGUCAUCGGUGGUGAACCCGGUACAGAAGUGCAGGAGGAUGUCUUACUGUAUUGUCUGGGAGAUGUAUUGCAGAGCGAAGAGGAAAUGCAAGAAUGGCGACUGGCCGACUGGAGCAAAGAAGAUGAAGAACGGAUGGGGCAAGAAUCCUACGAAUGGAUCAGAAUGGAUGCUGAUUUUGAGUGGAUCUGCAAGUUAUCCUUGGUCAUGCCUGGGUACAUGUAUCUCUCCCAGCUCCAACAAGAUCGGGAUGUUGUUGCUCAGCUAGAGUCUUUACAAUACAUGGCAGCCCAGAGAGAACAUCCGUUGAUUUCUACAAUCUUUGUCCGAACUCUUAUGGAUCGAAGAUACUACUACGGGAUUCGUGCAACCGCAGCACGGUCUUUAAUCAAACAUGCCAAAGAAGAAAUUAAUUGGCUUGGACUCUACCAUUUGGAGAGGGCUUUUAGGGAACUUUUCUGUCUUCCCGGGUCAGCAAUGACUCGAUCGAACGACUUCUCUGACAGGGCUGCAUACAUUCUUCAGCUUGUCAUCCCCGAUGCCAUCUCAAAGGUCCGCGACAAAGCCGGAAAGACUCCGCUGGAUGUCAAGCGCUUCUUAUAUGAUAAAUUAAGAUUCAACGACAACUCAAAUAACGAGUUCUCGGACAACUUCUACGUUGCGACCUUGAUGCAAUCACUGUGUCAUGCAAUGUUGGGGAAGAGUGAUCAGCGCUCGGACGACAUCGAUGACUUUGACAUGGAGCGUAUCAUUCGUGUCCAGGAAGAGGAGCAACUCGAAAAGGAUGCCUUGGCAGAAAUUGACAGGUACCGAAGGAUGGAUGAAUGGUCGAGUUCAUUUCAGAACGUCUAUUCUCGAGCAGCCUUGCGCUGUCAGAUGCAACUCAUGCAGGCCAAUAUAUCGGAACUCGAUGUGAUGCAGUUUCUGCCGUAUACUCGCGCGGGGACCUAUGAUCUGCUACGAGCUGACGCGUUUGAGUGCCUGGUUGAACUCGAUAUCUUUAGAAGCCCUGAACUUUUAAAAUGGUUUAUUUUCACCAUGUCAAGUGAUACAUCUCGUUGGCUUAGGCGACGACUUCAUGGACUACUUGGGAAGGCACUUGCGCCCAUCGCCUUUGGCCACAAGUCGAACAAAGAGGCCCCUGCCCAGAACGAGGGUUUGAUCAUCGAGCAAGAAUCCUCUACAGAUGUCCGCCAAGCAGACCUUGCUCGGAGACAAACAGUGCCAGGCGCGCUGGAGGCCCUCAAGCGUGAAAUUUCUGGAGACCAAACCUUGAAGGAAUCUUUAUGGGCUGCCUGCAAUUCUCCCUAUAUUGGGAUAAUUGAGCUUUCUGAGUUUGUCGAUCUCAGCUCAGUCUUGUAUGACCCGAUAACUUCGGUUAGAGUGGUUCUGAAGUACCCGCGGUACUGGCAAGUGAAGCACCUUGGAAAGGGACGUCUACAUUUUACCCGGUCCAACAAAGUGCGCACGACUCUCACGCCGUCCAAGGACUCGACCGCUGGAAAGCGCAAACGAGAGGAACCAGGGAUGCCUCCACCUCCAACUCGCAUCACAUUCAAGCAGUCAAAGACUGGGCCCAGUACUCCGUCAUCAGCGAAAGCCCCCCAGCAGUUUCCCAAGCUGCACAUACCGAAACUCUCUUCUCCCGCCCCUCAAUCCACACCCAAAACCGCAGCUACUCCUGCUACACCGUCCACUCCUGGUGGUGGGCUCAAGCUGAAGCUCAAAAUUGGCCAGAAGCCAACCUAGCCGGCCAUAACAAUAAGCCGACUACUCCCACACCUUGUAUCCUAUAUUUCACUUUUGAUGUUGUUUGUUUCUUUGGUAUCUUUUCUUAUGACUUUUGGGGGGGGGGUUGGUCAACGCGAUAUUCACGGCGCCAUGGAAGGGAUUGAAGUUGCUGAGGUUAUUUAUUUCUACACAUGAUGUUGCUUUCUCUUACCUUUUAGUCCGAUGAUUCUCCUGGGAAGAUUGGGGCCCGUCUCUAGCGUGCGUCAUUUCGCCAACCUCAUUGUUCAUGAUUGAUGUCUUGCAUAACAAUCA